UGUCUGCAGUCUGAACUGAAAGAUUUUGACAAACUGAAGCUGCUCAUAAAGUUUCUGAUGAUUUAUCUUCGGGUCUGUCCACUGGUGGAGUAAUACGUUUGUCCUGAGGGUGGCGCUACAGGAAAGCGAGGGAGUAAAGUUCAGGUCAGUCAGGAGGAGAGAGAGAUCACCGUCCUGCAGCGGAUGAAGAUGGACGAACUGGACGACACCGACGGGAUGAUGGACGAAGAAUCUACCAAGCGCUACUUGCGGACGAGUGACGAUGGACAGAAACAAGCUGAGUCAGCUGACCGACUGCUGACCCCCCCACCACUCUCAAAAGUUGAAAAACGAGGGAGUAAAGUUCAGGUCAGUCAGGAGGAGAGAGAGAUCACCGUCCUGCAGCGGAGGAAGACGGUCGAACUGGACGACCCCGCUGGGAUGGCAGCGUCCGACUCGUCCUCCUGCUGUUCGUCUUGUAUCAGCCUGAAGGACAGAUGUCCUCAACCUCAUGGACUCUUCAACUUGGUCAUCACUAAAGUGUGUCUGUUCGCACUGCUGUUCGGAGUCGUUUGGUCCAUCACAGGAAGUCAGUGUUUACCUGGAGGGAACCUAUUUGGCAUCGUCAUCCUCUUCAUUUGCGCCGUGGUGGGAGGGCAGCUGGUGGGAAUGAUCCAACUGCCCACGCUGCCCCGCUUCCCUCCACUGAUUGGUAUGCUGCUGGCUGGCCUGCUGCUGCGUAAUAUUCCCUACAUAACGGACGCCAUCUACAUCGACACUCACUGGUCUGCAGCUCUGAGGAAAAUCGCCCUCGCAAUCAUCCUGACCAGAGCCGGACUGGGUCUCAACCCAUCGGCGCUGAGGCGUCUGAAGGCGGUGUGUGUGCGUCUCGCAAUCGGCCCCUGUGUGGUGGAGGCCUGCAUCGUUGCUGUGGUUUCUCACUUCCUGCUGGGUCUGCCGUGGGUCUGGUGCUUCGUACUGGGUUUUGUCCUGGCUGCAGUGUCUCCGGCAGUUGUUGUUCCCUCCAUGUUGCUCCUGCAGAGAGAAGGAUACGGAGUGGAGAAGGGGAUCCCCACCCUGCUGAUGGCUGCUGGGAGUUUUGAGGGUGUUCUGGCCAUAACCGGGUUCUCUACCUGUCUGGGAAUGGCAUUCUCUACAGGUUCUACGUGGAUGAACAUACUAAAGGGUCUGCUGGGGGUGGUGGGAGGGGUCAUAGCCGGGCUGAUCCUGGGUCUGUUCUUGCAAUGCUUCCCCAGCAAAGACCAGGAGGACCUUGUCCUAAGGAGGACUCUCAUGUUGUUGGGUCUGUCCAUAUUUUCUAUCUUCUUCAGUCAUGUUAUUGGUUUUGCCGGAGCAGGUGGUCUCUGUACGCUGGUGCUGGCCUUUCUGGCUGCUCUAGGCUGGAGGGCUGACAAGGCCCCGGUGGCAGCCAUGGUGGGCCGGUCGUGGGAUGUGUUCCAGCCGCUGCUCUUUGGUCUGAUUGGAGCAGAGAUCACCAUAGCAACCCUCAGCCCCAGUACAGUGGGUUUGGGUAUGGCUUGUAUCAGCAUCGGUCUGGUGAUCCGCCUGCUUGUCACAUUCCAGCUGGUUCAUUUCGGAGGAUUCAAUCUGAAGGAGAAAUUCUUCAUCUCUGUGGCCUGGCUGCCUAAAGCCACCAUACAGGCUGCUAUUGGCUCCAAGGCGUUGGACAUGGCGAGGGAGGAGGGGGAUGAGACCUCAAUUAAGUUCGGUUUGGAUGUGCUAACGUUAGCUGUGUUAGCCAUCCUGACCACAGCGCCUAUCGGAGCUCUGGGUAUCGGACUGGCAGGACCACGUCUGCUGAAGCAGCAGCAGGUGAUGCAGAAGGCGGAGCCACAGCUCCAACCAGCAACAGGAUUGGUCAGAGAAACUGUGAACCUUCUGUGAAUGUGACUGUGAUCCUAUGAUGGAUACAAUUAUAUGAUUUAAUAUUAAAACAAGAAAACUCACCACUUGUGUCAUUUACUGCUACGACUACAAGAAGUCAGUUAGGUCAGUUAGUUUGUAUAAAACAUAACAUAAUAAAGUUAGACACUAAGAGAUAUUUACUGUAUCAAUAGAAUAAAAAUAAGUAAAAAAUUA